AUGGCAGCAGCUUCGUCGUCGUCUCUGCGCGUCCCGGCGCCGCAGCGGGCCGUGACCGUCGUCGUCGCGCUCCUCCUCGUCCUCGUGCUCCUCCGCGCGCCGUGCGGCGGCGCUAGCAGGCCGGUGCGCGAGGGGACGAGUAACGGUGGUGCAGCUACUGUUGCGCGGGUGCGAGCGCUCGACGGCGGUCACCACCGGGCGAGGGAGAGCGUGGCCACGGCGGCGGCGGGCGCACGCCGGGCGACGACGGUCGGCGGCGGCGCUCCCACCCCGCCUUCCGGCCCGUCGCAGAACCACAACUGA